CGCUGCCCUCCCGUGUGGUGCGGGGGACGGCUGUCCCGCUGUCCUUCGGGGGUAUCCCCUCUCACGGGCACAGCCGCGGAGUUCCGUGGGCAGCGAGCAACGGGGGCACCCGGGGACGGACGCUGAGGUCAGGACAGCCGGGCUGGUGGAGCGGCUCGCCCUUCCCCGUCUUUCCUCCUUCCCCCCCGGGCCCGUCCUUGGUAACGCUGUUUGUUUUGGUCGAGCAGUGCCAAACUCUGUUAAAAACAUGGGGCCGGGGGAGGAGACAGGCGGGGAGGAAGAGGAGGAGCCGGUGGCGGGAGCAGAGCCGCUGUCUGAGGCCCCUCGGCUGUGCGGGGCGGAGGGCUCUGAUCCGCCCUGCGUGCAGCCCUCGGGAUGAAGGGAGAGCUCCGCGGGCGGAGAAUCGAAGCUAUCCGGAGUAACGCUCAACAAAGGCGCUUUUCUGCUCCUGUGCCCUGCGGCAGAGGGCUGACAGGCAGCGAGAAGGGAAACCCGAGCCGAUGCCGCCUCGCAGAUAGAGCAUCAGCCCGGCGGAAUGAGCGAGAUAAAAUCCCGUGCAGCGGUCCAGCUGGACGGAGCACUGAGAGGGGAGUGCGUAUGGAUGAAGGGCUCUGUUGAACAAAGCUGCACUGUGGAAAGGUGGUCUGUGAAGCUGUUAUCUGAAGGAAAAAAAGCUUUCUGAACUUUUUUCCCCAGGUGCCUCCUAAGAUAACGGCUAAAGGAAGCCCUCGGGAAUAAAAAGUGUGUUCUUGAGAACUAAUCACACCUUGUGAUCUUGGGCACCUCCACAGCAGUCAGACUGAAACAGUAGGCACACUGUGAAGGCAAGGGAUUUACAAGACUUCUUGGGCCAGUACACAAUUAACAACACACAGCAGUUUUUUCCAUGGACCACAUGCAACAUUGACCUUCUGGAGAUCUUGUUUAAUUCACCAGCUAAAGGGAAGCACAAUGCCUCUCAACGAUGACCAGAACAGUGAUUCAGAUUCUUCUCGCCUUUCUGAAAGUACAGCUUCUUCUAGUGACUCUGAAUAUUCAAGACAGAGCUUUAACAGCGAUUCUUCAAGCAAACCCAGUUCCCCAGCUUCAGCAAGUCCUCCCAAGAUGGUUACAUUUGAUGAACUGAUGGCAGCUGCGAGAAAUUUAUCCAACUUGACAUUAGCUCAUGAAAUUGCUGUAAAUGCAAAUUUCUGUAUAAAACACGAAGACUACCCACAGAACAGCUUAGCAGGCACAGUGAAACAAAUAGUACACAAGGCAUUUUGGGAUCACCUGGAAUCGGAACUGAAUGAAGACCCUCCAGAAUAUGAACAUGCUAUCAAGCUCUUUGAGGAAAUUAAGGAGAUUCUUCUUUCCUUCCUGGCUCCAGGAGCAAACAGGAUUCAAAAUCAAAUUUGUGAAGUUCUGGACACAGAUCUUAUAAGGCAGCAGGCAGAACACAAUGCUGUUGAUAUUCAUGGGCUAGCUAACUAUAUCAUCAACACUAUGGGAAAAUUAUGUGCUCCAAUAAGAGACAACGAUAUAAAACAGUUAAAAGCAACUGAAAAUAUUGUAGAAUUACUGAGGCAAAUUUUCCAUGUCCUGGACCUGAUGAAAAUGGAUGUAGCAAAUUACACAAUUCAAAGCCUUAGACCAUACCUCCGGCGUAAUUUGGUGGACUAUGAAAGAACAAAAUUCCAGGAAAUUCUUGAAGAAACACCAAGUGCUCUGGAUCUCACAACGGAAUGGAUAAAGGAAUCCAUAGAAGAUGAAUUGUCAUCCAUUUCCAAUGAAUCAUCCUCAUCCCCUGGUGCUGAUCAUAGUUCUAAAUCAAGUAUUAGUCCUACACUGGUGCUAAACAAUGGCUACUUGAAACUACUACAGUGGGACUACCACAAAACAAUUCCAGAGACUCUAAUAACAGAUGAAGUUCGUCUUCAGGAGUUGAGAGAAAAGCUGAAUCAAUUAAAAAUCAUAGCUUGUGUUUGUCUCAUAACAAACAAUAUGGUGGGUGCAGCGAUUGCAAACGUGCCUGAUUUUGCCAACCUACUGAAAAGAAUCUCUGUUCCCCUUCUUGAAGGCAUGAGCAAGAAAACUUUUGAUUUGAAAGAAGCUCUAAAUGCUAUUGGUGUUCAGAUUUGCAUCAAAGUGAAUGAGUCUCUCACUGCAAGAGAUCUUCCCACUCUUAAUGCAGAAAUGCAGAAUAAUUUAAUGGGUCAAAUCACAAGUAUUGUUGAGGAGAAUAACCCCGUCAGUUCCUUGAUUGAUAAACGGAUCCAGUUGUUCAUGAAAAGCUUGCUUGCUCUUCCAAGCUUUCGGAAAUGUAUGCCUGCACUGCCAGGAGGCCUUUCUGUGAUUCAACCAGAGAUGGAACUUGUUGGAUCUCAAUUUGCAAGCAUUGUAGAAUUUAAUAAACAAGUGUAUGGACCGUUCUAUGCAAACAUACUUAAAAAACUACUUUUUCCUGAGGCAGCAAUAGGGAAAGCAGGAAUAGAAGCACCCAGUAACUGAAAAAAAAAACCCCAAACUAUUUCUGUACCCCUUUCUUUUACCUUUUAUCUUUUUUUAAUAUAGAAAUUGUGUUCUGGCUCCCCCACUAAGAAUUCCAGUGACUAUUAACGAGAGCAAUCUUGUAAAUUGUAGAUGGAUAAUUUCUGAAAUCCACUGGAAGAAAAUUAAUUUCUAUGACAUAUAUAUUUUAUUGAACUAAGUCUGCUCAAUGGAUUGUGGCACUUGUAUUUCACUUUUUGAGACGAGCAAUUAUUUGUAUUUGUGGUGGGUAGGAGGUGGUGAAGCACUUACUGUUUUGCCACCAUUAAAACAUAAUAUUUUAAAAAAUAUAUAUUUACAUAUAUUUACAUAUGCUAUUUUGAGAUGACAGAAUAAUUGUAGAUAAAAUGCAUUAUGCUUACAUUGUAUUUUUUAGAGCAGCGUCUAAUAAAAAAGAAAAUCAUGAUUCUGAAAAGACUUUGAAGUAUGAAAAAGAAAUGUAGCAUAACUGCUUUUGUAACCAAAUCCAGGUUUAUAGUAGGCCAACGUCUGGUGCUCCUGUGAAUACUGGAACUAAACCUAGCCCCUGCUAUGUUCAGGAAUGCCAGUAUUGCAAGUUGUUCUGGUACAGAAGUUGCAGAAACGUUCAUUAUUUAAAAUAAGAAUAAUUCAGUAGUUGUCAACUGGACAAGAUAGAGAGAUGGAACACUUCAGAAACAUGAUGCCAGGCAUGGGGUGAGGUGGGAAUGCAAAUAUCUUAUGAUACCCAUCUAGUGAAUAUCAUACAGAUCCCAAGUCUAACCUCUAAUAUAUAUGCUUAUAUUGAUCUUAAUGGGUAUUAAGUAUUUUUGAGGUUGGGCUUUCUGACCUUUAUUCUUGAAAGCACUUGACUUUGGGAGAGAUCUUACAGAGUACAACAGAGAGCAUUCGCCUUCUAUAAUCUGUUGAAUAAGGGCCUAGAAUGUUCAAAAUGUAUUUUGGGUACUCUUGUGUCACAAAGCAGACAGCCAGAUCCCUUGCAAUUCUGGCAAAUGUGAUCAUGUUCACUCUCAGUAGGUGUCAGAGAGAAGAACGUCUUCAUUUUAGAUUUAUAUUGUUCUGAAUUUGCUUUUCUCAAAAUCCCUGCAGAUUCAGCCCCAAUGCUUGAUUCCCAUUUAAUACAGCAAGAAUCUUACAUACAGAAAUAGAAUAGGCUUGGAACUGAGAGAUACGGAAGUAAACUUCUGUAAGUUUACAUGUUUUAUUUUGCAUAUUUCAGAUUACUGGGAAUAGAUACUGCUGCAAUACUUGAUAUACAUGUGUUCUUAUCUAUGGAAAUGAAUCAUAAUUUACUUGAAAAUGAUCCUUUAGUAUAUUAUCAUACAAUGGUCCUUUUAAAGUGUCAGAUAUAUAUAAAUUCCAUGUGGUACAAGUUAAAUAGCUUGUUUUUAAUAUUUUAUACUACGAUAUAUUCUUAUUGAUGUGAAGAGUUGCCCAUAAAAGCUUAAUGUGCCACACAUAUUAUAUAUAUAUAUUACUAUGUCUAUCAUAACAAAACUGGGCAUUAUUAGCACUGUGGUUUUGUAGUCCAUUUUUACAGAAUUGUGUACUCUUUUUAAUAAGGGAAAUGACUUCUUGUCAGCUGUUCCUCAGUGUCUGAGGACUUUGGCCACAUGUACAUGGUAUGAAAAUCAUUUUUUGAAAGGCUUUUAGAAAACAAAUGGCUGUAGUGCACUUCUGUUCUAUCCUUUGUUUUAAAAAAAUAAAAAAGGUGUAAAAACUGAAUAUGUAUUCUGAAGGGAACUUCUAUGGAAGCCUGAGAAAGGAACUCUUAGAAUACAGUAACAGUGCCAGGAGGUAAAAUGGAUUGAUUCAAACAGAUACAGAACUUCGACAUGCAAUUCAAAGUCAGCGAGAGAAGAAUGCAUUUCAAAAGCACUUACGGGAAGUUAAUUCUCUGUGAUUUGCUACACCCUUGGAAAUACAUACAUCAAGUUUCAGCCAAAAGAUGGUUUUUUUUUAAUGGGUAUUGGAAGAACAUUUAUAACGUAACUAUGAACUUUAAUACAAUGUAUACAUUCUGCUGUUCAAAGGAAAAAAAAAUUUGGUGAUUUGAAAAGGGCGUUUUAUAGCAUGGCCUAUGUUUCAAGUGCUUGUUUAAUGUAUCUUAAUUUUUAUUUGAUGUUUCAACCAUCGGGAUUGCAUCUGUUUAAUGUCAUGUUACUGCAUGCUGUUGACGCUACCCUGGCUGAAAAGCACUUGCCUCUGCUCUGAAACUGUCCUUGUGAAACAAGAUGCCAUUCUGUUACAGCUUCUUUUAUCGAAAUACGAAUUUUUGAAGUUUUGUAUGCAUUCAAUUGUUUGUGAUGUCAUUGUGCUGAAAAGCCUCUUACGCAAAUUGUUUCUGGAAUGUAAUGGAUCAUGUUAAAUGCUGAAGAUAAAGGACUGCACUAAUA